GUUGCAUUCAGCUGUCCUCAGUGUCUCAGGUCAUACUCACCUGUCCUCUCUGUCACAGGACGUAUUCAACUGUGGGGUCAUGCCAUUGCCGUGGACUGGGCCGAGCCGGAGGUGGAGGUUGAUGAGGAUACCAUGGCAACUGUCAAGAUACUGUACGUCAGGAACCUGAUGCUGCAGACCACAGAGGAGACCAUUGAGAAGGAGUUCAACAGCCUCAAACCAGGUGCAGUGGAGCGAGUGAAGAAGAUCAGAGACUACGCCUUUGUCCAUUUCAUGCAGAGAGAAGACGCCAUCAACGCCAUCAAUGCUUUAAACGGAAAGGUGGUGGACGGGUCUCCUAUCGAGGUGAGUCUGGCCAAGCCGGUGGACAAGGACAGUUACGUACGUUACACCAGAGGGACGGGAGGACGUGGAGGCUCUCUGCUGCAGACUGACUACACCGCCUACACCAUGGGACAGGUGUACGACCCCUCGGCGGCAUAUCUCGGUGCACCCGUGUUUUAUGCCCCCCAGGCCUACGCUGCCAUUCCAGGUCAGUUUCGGUUCCCAGCAGCCAAAGCUCACGUCGGAGCUCGAGGUCUGAUCAGGACACCAUCUGUUCGAGGUAAGGGUGGAAAAACUUUGUGUCACUCUUUGGACCCGUCCACUCACAGGCAGGUGUUUAAAGUUUCUCUUGACAGAGAUUCUUUUAAUAAAUACCUGUGA